AUGGUUCAUCUCAAGGCCAUUGCCGUGGGUAUCAUUUUAGCGGGUCAUGCAUCUGCUGGAGCUAUUGGGUCCCGCCAAGCCUCUGUUAGUAUCAACGACAAGUUCAAGGCCCAUGGGAAGAAAUACUUCGGCAACAUCGGUGACCAAGGAACCUUGGCCAAAAAUGACAAGAACCCAGCCAUUAUCAAGGCGGACUUUGGUCAAUUGACUCCUGAAAACAGCAUGAAGUGGGAUGCUACUGAGCGGGCGGACUAUUUGGUAUUCCAACCCCAUUCUUCACAUCUGGUGCUUUUGAAUUUAGAUUCUCACACACUUCAGGUUGACUUUGCCUCGUCAAAUGACAAAUUGAUCCGAGGUCACACUCUUGUGUGGCACUCCCAACUGCCCACUUGGGUCUCUUCCAUCACUGACAAAACCACUCUGAUUGAUGUGAUGAAGAACCACAUCACAACUUUGAUGACUCGGUACCGGGGUAAAAUUUACGCUUGGGAUGUUCUCAAUGAAAUUUUCAACGAGGAUGGUACCUUGCGACAAAGCGUUUUCUACAACGUCAUUGGCGAGGACUACGUGCGGAUCGCUUUCGAGACGGCUCGCGCUGCAGACCCAAGUGCCAAACUGUAUAUCAAUGAUUACAACCUCGACACUGCCUCAUAUGCCAAAACGACCGGCAUGGCGAGCCAUGUCAAGGGUUGGAUAGCUGCCGGCAUCCCGAUCGAUGGAAUUGCUCUCGAUGUGUUGGCCAGUGCUGGAACUGAAGAGGUCGCUAUCACUGAGCUUGAUAUUGGUGGUGCCAGUUCUACCGACUAUGUUAAUGCUGUCACUGCCUGUCUGAAUCAACCCAAGUGUGUCGGGGUCACAGUUUGGGGUGUUGCAGAUCCCGACUCUUGGCGUGCCGACUCUACUCCUCUGCUCUUUGAUAACAACUACAACCCAAAAGAUGCAUACAACGCCAUUGCAGCUGCGCUCUAG